GUGGGUACAAAACGGGGCGGGUAUGGACCUUAUAAUUUCAACCCGCAACGAGGCGCGGGCCAUCCAUAUUUGACGCAAGGAAAAUAAACAAUGGCGACCUACUUCAGUUUCCGUGGAAAAUUGAAUUCCACAUUCUUCAUUCUCAUUUGUAACAGUCAAUUUGAUCUAGGGUUUCAUUAUCACUCAUCAAUUCUACUCUCACACCUUUCAAUUUUUUCCUUUCCAAAUUAAGAUGUGAUGCGUCGAUAGAUAUUUCGAUUGGUGUAUUAUUUAGAGAGAGAAAAAAAAAGAUGAAGACAUCGCUGAAGAAAUUGCAGAAAUUUGCCGCGCAUAGGCACGAUAGAAGAGCGGAGAAGCUGCACCAAUCUCUGGCUCAAGAUGAACUCGCUCGAGCCACACAGGAUAUGAAUGACAUGAGAGAUUGCUACGAUAGGUUACUUUCUGCUGCAGCCGCGACUGCGAACAGUGUAUAUGAAUUUUCAGAGUCGUUAAGGGAAAUGGGUGAUUGUCUUCUUGAAAAAACAGCCCUGAAUGACGAUGAAGAAAGUGGGAAGGUUUUAUUAAUGCUGGGCAAAGUACAGUUUGAACUUCAAAAACUUGUUGAUGGUUACCGCUCUCAUAUAUUCCAGACAAUAACAAUCCCAUCCGAGUCUCUUCUGAAUGAACUUCGAAUAGUAGAGGAGAUGAAGAAGCGGUGUGAUGGAAAAAGAGAAAUAUUUGAAGAACUGAUGAAGAAACAGAAAGAAAAAGUGAGGUUAAGAAACAGUAAAGGCGAAUGUUUUCCUGGACCUCCGCUGAAAGAAGCCCACGAUGAAUAUGACGAGGAGGCAAACGUAUUCGUCUUCCGCAUGAAAUCUCUAAAACAAGGACAAUCCCGUAGUUUUCUAACACAGGCAUCUCGACACCAUGCUGCACAGUUGUACUUCUUCAAGAAGGCAGUUGGAUCGUUAGAGGCAAUUGAGCCGCAUGUCAGAUUACUUGCUGAACAACAUCAUAUUGAUUACCAGUUUAGUGGAUUACAUGAUAUGGGCGAAAAUUAUGAUGAAGAUGACGAAAGUUAUGAUGAUGAUGAUGACGAGGAUGAUGAUACUGAAGAUAGUUUCGGAACACCUGAAGAAGGAGAAUUAAGUUUCGACUAUGGGCAAAAUGGUCCAGUGGAAGAAGUCUCUACAAUAAAGAACUCGAUGGAGUUGGACAAUACCGAUGCGACAUUCUCCCCUGAACUAAAGCUGGAAAAUUUACAAAGUCCUGCUCGAAAUUCCUUUUCAUUCCAAAAAGGGGCCAGAGUAAUCAGCAAAUCAGCGCCUCUUUUUCCCGAGAAAAGAACCGAUUCAACCGAGCGAAUGACACCGAUCGGGCCUUCACCGUCACGCAAGUUCACUUCCUACGUCUUACCUACACCAGACGAGACAAAGAUCCCGAGUUCCGGAAAGUUAUUUAACGAAGUUCCUCAAACAAGGCAGCAACCUGUCCUAAACCUUCGGCACUCGUCCCCCUUAGAUCAGAACAAGUACGAGAAAUUCCAUCAGACGAGCGACAAAUUAUCCGGACCAAUCAUCCUAGACACACAAUCACUACUUAAAGAGAGCAACAACCCCACCACAAAAGCCACCCCUUUGCCCCCUCCGUUUUCAGAAGGCCUUACGUUCAAACAGCUCGAUCCAAACGUCGCAUCCUAUGCCAAGAAAGCCAAACGCCAAGCUUUCUCCGGCCCAUUAUCAGCAAAGCCAUGGUCGAGCAAUCCGAAUCUCACAGCCAGUGGGCCCAUCGCCACGUCACCAUUCCCACCUCCGUUCUCCGGGUCCCUACUGCGGACCCCACUACCACGUCCAACAUCAACUCCGAAGCUGUCUUCGCGCCUUUCGCCUACUUUCGUGUCGUCGCCUAAAAUAAGCGAACUGCACGAGCUGCCUCGCCCGCCAGCUCAUCUAAUAGCUUCUAGAAGACCCUCUCAUUCGGGUCCUUUAAUAUCGAAAAGAAAUGAAAUGUCAACUGCAUCUGUAUCAACAUCGACUAUGAGUACGACGACAUCGGCACUCCCAGCGCCACCUCAGGGUCUGCCACGAAGCUAUUCGAUUCCAGCUGGCGGUGGUCUGAUGGAAGUAGGGUUACGUGUUCCUCUAGAAGGUUCUCAGAAUAUGAAGAUGGCGGAAGAUAUCGCGUCGCCUCCUUUGACACCAAUUACGUUGACUAAUGUUCAACCAACAUCAUCCUCUACUAGAUGAAAUGAAGUAGACGAGGCGAAAAGUUGAAAUCCCUUAUACAGUAAGUACUCCCUCCAUUUCUUUUUAAGUGUCGUUUAAGAUUAAUGCACAAUAAUUAAGAAAGUUGUUAAAUAGCCUUAAUUGUAGAAGAAAAAACUGUAUUUUCGAACUUCUCUUUAUUACUUCAUUAAUCUGUAAUUAAUACUAGGGUAAAGCUGGAGAAGAAAACAAUUGUC